AGUUGGAGGAGGAGAGACAGCUACGCCUCCGUACAGGACAGCGGGAGCGAGCAGCAGAGCAGCGAGGACUACGACUGCAAGAGAACAGCAGAAUGAAAAGUUCAGUGAAAGGUUCAAGCAGGAGAAUCAUCAUGAUGAUGAUGAAGCACCAACUGGAAAGCAGUGUCACCAAUCAGCCAUCAGACAGGAAGAAACACACAAAGAUCUAAUAUUAAGGACAGACAGACUAAGAAAGGAGGAGGCUGCUCAUUGUGUUGAGUCAAAGGUCCAGAACCAGAAGCCCACUGGACCCACAUUCACCUCCUGCCUCCUCUUUAGACUCUCCAGAAACCAAGGCCUUGACAAGCCAGAGCUAAGACUCAAGAAGAAAUUAGACCCCUGUUUACAAAGUUUAACUGAAACACAGACGUCUGAGACUGAGAACAGCAGCUGUCAGGUUAAUGAACAAACGUCCCCACCACACUCCUCUAUAAAGGUAGCCAGAGACUCUCCAUUAUCUGAAAGGAUACCAUUUCCAGCCAAAAAGAAAGAAGAGGUGAUCCCAGUUGUUUGCAAUGAAUUGGAGCCUGCCAGGGUUUUGAGUAUAACUCAAAGUUUGUCGUUUAAUGGCUUGCACAUAUUUCCAUUUGGUCCACAGCCAACAAGUGAUACUAUAUCAGUUGAGUUAGAAGAAGACAUAAAAGACCAUACAAGGCUUGAGAAACAUACUGAUCUUGUGGAACUGUCCAACCCUACUAGAACCAUGUUGUCUUCCACUGUGGUGACAGUUCUUGCUCCACACUGGAAUGGCCGGAUAAGACGGACCAAAAGACCUGAGGUAACUGGCAAUUUGGAAGCCCAGGGGAGUUUACAAGAUGUGACAAACACUGCAGCAAACCGUGCCCACGAACGCUUUCAGGAGACUGCAGACAGGUCAUUUACAGAUGGAUCGCAAGCCCAAUUAAGGGUGCCAUUUCUGGGUACCAGGAGGAAUACAGUGGGCUGGUCAACAAAGAGUGGACCUGCAAGCUUGGAUUAUGACUCUAAGAGGAAAAUGAUUCAGACUGUCUCUUUGGAUGUAAACUCUGAAAGGAUGAACAAUAAGAAUAUGUAUGCAGGUGCUGUAAGCCCUGUACCCACAGCUGCAUCUCCUGUGUCUCCCCUCUCCCUUGGCCCAACUGAACAAAGGAGAAAUCCACACACUGGUCAUCAAGGAGGAUUGUCAUCUUUAAGCUCAAAACCAACAACCAGCAGUAUGCUUCUGUCUUUAAGAAGAUUCAACUCAAAUGGCAGGAACCAAAAUGCUGCCUCUACCAUCUCUGAGAUAAAUCCUUCACCUCUGAGCAGUUCGCCACGUGAUCAAGAUGGAAAAUUAUUCUCAAGCCACCUCUCUCCAACCUUUCUAAAUAAUAAUGGGCAAGAGAGGUCAAAUUCUCUCCUCUCUCCAUCGUCCAUUUCUUAUAGGACAACGGAAACUGGGCCUAUAUUUUCCCCAUCAUCCUCCAACCAAAGAGAAAGGAACACAUUUGAAACACGUUUCUUUUCCACUUCACCCACGAGCAAAGACACAGAAGACACACCCCUUUCCCAACAAGUUCAAACAAUGAAUAGGACCCAGCCCAGUCUUUCAUGUUUCAAACAAGCAUAUCCAAUUAGAGGGCCAACAGAGAGGCAAGAGAACUGCAAGGGUUCAGACAAAAGUACAAAUGUAUUGUCCGAGAGCUCUGCCUCUUCACCAAGACAUUCCCCAUAUGACCAGUCUGCCUUCCUAAAUACCCAUUCCCUCCCUAGAAGGACCACCCUGACAUCCACUUCCUGGUGGAAACAAGUUACCCAGGAAGGAGGUUCCCCUCUAACCCUCAAUGAUACAAUGAACAUCAAAGAAAAAUCAAACACACCCUUAAUUCCACCCUGUAAUGGUAAUAGAGACUUGGCCUCUCCAAGUCCAACUGACAACAUAAGAUUUAGUAGUCAAAUCCCAAACACCAGAGACAACAAUAACACUGCAGAGUCAGUUCGCAAAGGUAACAUGAACCUUAUUAUGAAGACACAGGGAGGAACUCAUAACCUCAAACAAAGAAUAACUGAGGAUUUACCUGACCACGGAUCAGACAGGCUUGUCAAACAGCGGUAUGGCUCCAAUUUGAACAACAGAGAACCACAAAAGCCUCGUAGUUUGCCUGAUGUUUUGUCUAGUUCUAAAAUUAGCAAAGCUACAGAGCAAACAACCCUGAGUCAUCCUCCUAAAGAUCUCAGCAGGCAUGAUGUAAAUACUAGUUCAUUUACAGCAAACGUAACUGAAUUACCACCUACUUUGCUAAAUCCCAAGAGCUCGAAUACACCCACUGAGAGCAGCAGCAAGAUCAAUAAUAAUCUUUAUACAUCCAAAACCAACAGUACCCCCGCAUCUUCACACAACAAGGACUCUCAAAAGUUUACCAAACCCCCUCUUUCUCUUCCUACCACCAACACUCUCAAUAGUCAAGCUCUUACUUCUAAAACUAUCUCUGGUCUAGCCCUAACCCCAAACACAAAAACUAACUCUACCCUCCACUCUCAUCCAGUAACUUCACAGAUCAGUAUUUGUGCUUCACCAUACACUGGCUCUUCCUCCCAAACACCCAAAUUCACCAACACAGCCAAUGCCACACCUCUUGGGUUUGAAAGAAGCUUUGCUUCUGUUCACAAGCCUUUCCACCCUAAAACUGUAUCUAUCCUGAGUCCCACAGUCAGUGCUUUCUCUAAAACAAACUACAGUCCAGUAUCCACUGCUUCCACCAGUUAUUUUGACACUGGCAACCAUCCUGCAGCCACAACAGCUCCCAGCACAUCCCUCCUUACUCCUCCUUUAACUCCCUCCAUUGCAUCUUCUCCCACCACUAUCACUGUUUCAUCCCUCUUAACCCCCCCUGCCACCCCUAUCAUUAUCAGCUCGAAUGAGUCCUCCAGUCUUAAGGAGGGGAGGACAUUCUCAAACAGCCCAGAAAGCGACCGAAAGAAACUGCGCGGUGUAGAGGGAAAGAGAGUAAGACGAGUAACAUGGAAGGACUCAGUGGAUCUGAAUCAUUCUGAGCCUAUGACAGUUGAGAAGGCAGAGCCAUUUCAAGUCCAAACGAGCUCCAGCUCCCAGCAAAGCUCCAAAGUUCCAUCCAUCUUUUCCUUUCACAGAUCAAGCAGCCAGACCACAAACGCAUCUCAUCUUUGCCCCCCUAGCCAAAAAAACUCCAGCAUACAGGUGGAGAAAGGAGGGAAGUAUCGAUCUUUGUCAUCUGACUCUGGUGAUUUAGCAUCCAGAGAUCAAGAGAGGUCUAGGCAAAGACCUGGUGACACUCUGAUCUUUGACCAGGGUAGACGGGACAUAAGCACACCCAGACAUGAGAGGACACUAUCAGCGGAGUCUGGCACACUUCAGUGCCGUUAUUCUGCCCCUCGCUCCCUCCCUCCUGACUUUUCAAGCGGUUAUAAGCUCCGCUAUAGCUCCCCACCUUACUCCACUCUCGUGUCUACCAGGUCAACACAGGGAGAAACUAAGACUAUUUUACCCAGAUCACCCCUCUUCCAACAGUCUAAGUCAAAUUAUACUCCACAUCUUUCUACACGUACUGAUUCAGUUGCAGGCAUAACCUUGGCCACAUCCAAACCCCCUCCAUCACCUAUCAGCCUACCCCAGCCCCUGUCUUUGCCUUUCCAAAACAAAACCGCCACCCAAGAUAGUGCAAAGUGUGGGGUUUCAGAAACUGAUAAAGUCAACAAUAAUAACAGCAAGAGCAAUUGCCAGAAUGGUCAGAUAUUACUUGUUGACAACAGAUUUCAUGAGGCAUACAACUCCUCCUCAUCAUGUGUAACUGAGACACUGGUUUACAGUAUUAAAUCUAAAGUAAAUACAACUACAGCUGCCCCAAAGAAAACCACACCUAAACCUUUGCCACAUACAGCAAACACACAGGCGUCUGUGGAGACUAAGUUAAGUCAACAGUCCCACAGAAUGAAGAGUAAGGAAGCUGCAAGAGAACCACAUAGUCAUUCAGAUCAGAGCUCCAGUGGUAGCAGUUCAACAGACAGUCAGCCCCCUGGUGAAAGGUCUAACAAAAGAAUGAAGGAGAAUCUAGUGGGUAAAAGCAGAUUGUUUUCAGUGGAGAGCAAAAAUGAACAAAGUCCAAAGAGAAGCCGGUUUGCACUGAAGAGAAAUGGCAGCAUACCAGACUCAAGUUUGUCAAGAUCACAGUCGGAGAGGGCCAGUAAGACUAAUAACAAAAUGGACCAGGUCAUUAACAAACUGAGACAGACAUUCAGCACCAGACGGUCUGAUGAUGAUAUAUUGUUUCCAUGGAAAUGGAAGCGAGCCUCUCAAACACCUUCUGUUAGUGGAUCAAGUGAUGUCAGUGAUCCCACUGUUGAGAGUACCCAAAAGCUAGAGCAGCAAGAGCAGGAGGAAGGGAUUCUGCUGCAGGACAAUGAGAUGGAAACAGAGGGUACCAAUAGAUGGACAACAAAAAACAGAUACACUCUCAUACCACCCUCAGCUGCUGGGAGUACAAUGGCAGGAGAUCAGCUUUACACUUGGUCAGAGAAAUCAACUCCGGAAACUGACCGAGAAAAGCAAACUGCUUGUGUAGAUCACAUGGAAAAUCAGAACCAACCUCAUUUGACAAUAACCAGCCCAACAACGCACCAAUUAGACUUUUAUAACAACAACAACAACAGGACAGAUUUUAAACCAACAAACCUGUUCCUCUAUUGUAGAGAUCCAAGUCCUGGUAGCAGCCCUAACCCCUCUGCUGAUUAUCACAGGAAGUCAACAUCCAGCCCCAGGAGCCCCUUCUCCCCCUUCUCCUCUCUUUCCCCUGUCUCCCAAUUUACCUCAACGGAUGUUACAGACGACAGUGUCUUCUAUAGCCCAAAGCUACAGCGUCACAGAGAAUCCCCUUCACCAUGUGAGCCGGGAGAGGGAAUCAGCCUGGGGGGUUCAAGAAGAAGCCGUGCAUCCACUGGUCCUCCAAGUGCAGGUCCAGGACAUGACAAGGAGCGCUUAGCAUCCUCCUAUGCAGACUUAAAGUAUGGCAUUGAGCCUGGGAGGUCGUUUUCUGUAAGUUCGGUGCUGUCCAGUCGUCCCUCAGGGCCUGGGCGCAUCUCCACUGGAUCCAGGUUCAUGAGUGCGGGUGACCUCUCUGAAUCUGCAUUAACUGGUGGAGUCACUGGCAAGGACUUGGAUCAGUGGUCUAUUUCUCCUGAUUGGACCACACAAUAUGAUAGCCAGCCGAGUAAGGACCGUCGACUGUCAUAUUUCCCCAGCGACCCUGGUAAAAUGAGAUCGAGAUCUCUUCCUCGAUCACUGACUAGGCGCUUAGCGAAUUGGAGCUCAGAAGACUUCGCUUCUCCGCCUGUAACAGCCACAACCUCCAAGUCAGCCCGCCUUUGGAACCCUAACAUGAACACUUGUCACUUUUCAUGGGAUACAGAAGGUCCUCCAACCCCUCCUCCAACCCCACCCCUGUCACCAGUGUCCAGACGCAUGUCAAAACCUCCCAGCCCUUCCUCCCCCACCUUCACCAGUCCAUCAGGUGCGUCACAGCAAGUGGACAACCUGUCGCCCAGAGGGGUUUUGCCCUCCAGAGGUUAUGUAUCCAGCCUUAGCACCUUUGACGAAUCUUCAGACAGCAGCUCAGACACGACAACAGAUGAUGAAUAUUACUUAGAAACAGGUGAAGACAAAGAGACAGAGUUGUGAAAGCAGAACAAUUGCUUUAAAUCCUGAACUUCAUUAUAUACGAGAAGAAAGAUGGGCUAACAUAUAUCAUAUACUGUAAAGGGACCUCCACUGCUUGUCUCGUGUUUUUUUUUCUGCUCUCUCUUUGUCACAAAGGAGACUUGAGGAUAGAGACUGUUUUCUGUCUGCAUGAUUUUCUUUUUCAAAAGUGGUGGUUGACAAAAAGACGAUAGCAUGAUAUUGUCAGUUAAGUUUUAAAGCUGAUAAUGUAUGUAAGUACAGUAUACUGUAUAUAACUGCAGAACAGCAAUCUGCAUUGUUAAACAUUUAUAGUUUGGAUAGUUGCAUGACAUCAGUGAGGGGUGUACAUCUGUGUAGCUGUUUUAAUGAUCAAAUUACCGUGUUAAGAUAGAAUUUUUACAUAACACUUAUCUUAAGGUUUACAUUUCCUCAUGCGAGUUAAUAAUAAGCGCUGAAGUAAUGUUGAUAAAUGUGCUAUCAUUUAAUAUUUUAUCGUCUGUUUUCUUCUGUUUUUGAAGAUUAAAAUGAAUUGUGGUAAAUGUUAGCAUAAUGCAGAUUUAUUUUCUUAGUGUUGCUUUAAAAAAAAUUUGUUGGAAAAUAUUUUUUGUUAAUUCUGAGCUAAUAUGUAAUCGUACUGCAUGUUACAAUUCAAUGUUUUAAUGUCAAAACAUUAUAAAGUGCUUUAUACAGUGCUUGCUCUUAUUUGCAGAGUGACGAUCUAAAGUCUUAAUAUAUCUAUUUUAUAAAUAAAUUUAAUAUUUCCCGCAAUAA